AAUUAUGCGGGCAUCAUUUACUUAAACAAUUCAAUUGUGUUGCAAGGCUCAUGAUGGCCUAUUUUGGUUUUUUAGCCUCGAAACUGUGUUGUGUAAAAUGUAUAGGUCAAACUAGAAGAUCCUGGUAUCCUUCUGGCUUUAAGCUUCCAGACCUAUAAUGCCAUAGUUGUUCCUUCAGAUGGAUUUGGUUUUAAUAAGUCAGCAUCAUUUCCUGAUUAGAGGUGAAUUUUUGAGUGCUUUGUGCAUAGUGGACUGUGUAUAUUGUAAUUUGUGGUACGUAGAGGCAGCCAGUCUGCUGCCCUGUUUGUACUUAGAUUUUAUUUGCAUGGAGAGAGAAGAAAGGGUUUUUAAAAAGAAGGAAAUACCCUCAUAGGAGUCGUCUUCUAAUAAUACAACACUUUGACAUUUUAAACAUCAAAAUUGCUGUGGUUUUGGUUUUAGGUUUAAGAGGCUAAAGCUUCACCAGAACUGUAACUAGAAUGGACAGUUACUUUAAAGCUGCGGUCAGUGACCUGGACAAGCCUGACGAAUUUGAACAGAACACAGUUAAUGAACAUGAGUUCUACAGAACCACAAAUCCAUAUGAUUCAAAACGCCAUUCUCGUUCUUCAGUUCUGGAUUGCUUACGUAUACCAGCACAAAAACUGCAGGAGGAUGCUAACCGUUGUACAUCACCAGAGGAAAUCCCUCUAGCUAGCCACACUGGAACAAGUGAAGCACGUCUGAAUUAUUCACACACAAAGUGAGAAGAGUGUGCUGGACCUGAUCUUGUGUCCACUCUGGACAGUGGUUCCUCAAAUGAAAUUCAGUCUUCCAGCCUGGGACAGGGUGAUAUACCUGUGUGUGAUCUUGUUAAUGACACACGUUAACUUAAUCCAUUCAGGGCUACUCAUGAAGAUACUCAAAAGUUGCAGCCAGAUGACUUUCAGUACAGUGGAUUGAUUAAACUUGGCAUAUCUUGCAUACCUGUCCCUCCAUGUGUGUCAUCAGCAGGUUGCAGCGGUGUUUCAAGUACAGAGCAAAGUGAUGGUGACCCAAUGCUACAAGAUUCAGGACAUCUUAAAACAGAGGAGAUUAAUCAUUUGGCAUUAAAAUGACACUAUGCUACAGCAAAGGUCUCGGAUCCACGUGAUGAUCAACACAGAACAGAAUCCAUUAAAUGCGGUGACGUAUUUGAUCCGCUUGAACAAACUGCUCACCUUAAUAAUCUUUGUGUCUCUGUAGCAUCACUGAACUCAAAUGCAUUCAGUCCCAAAGGUGAGAAAGCAUAUGAAAAAUUGCCUUGUGAACCCACAAGAUGAAGUGUAUGCUCUGCAGUAAGCACAGAGAUGUAUGAAAGAAGCGCCAUAGAGAAGGACUCGAAAAAUGAGAGUAAUGUUGAAUCUAUGCCUUCAGAUCUGCCAAAGAUGCCUCAGUUGCACAGAAGCCAUGCAACAUCACCGGAAAUUUUUUUUAUACAAGUGUCCUCAUGUCAAACAGGAGCUGAAGUAGAAAUAGAAAAAAUCACAGAAGAGAAUGUAGAUAAUGAAGAACUUAAUAGCAGUGAAAUACUAAACAGUAUUUCAACUUCUGUGUGUAAUUCAGUUGAGGAUGUCAUCUCACCGUCAUGUUCAUUAGUUGUAACAGAAGGAAAAGUUAGUCCUGUACCUCAAAUGAAUGAAACAGAAGUUAUUAGUGAUAUUGUACCUGUUCGUUCUGAGAAGUCUACUGCUGAUCUCUCGGGGAGCAAACCCUGCAAAACCAUUGAUUUGCAUGAAACAGAAGGACCUGUAACUAUCAGCGAAAGCGUUGUGGAAGAAAGUUCAGAUGGAGGGGAGUAUGAUACUGAGAAUGUAAUUGAUGCCAGUGAUUCUCAGCAAAUCCAGGCUUUUUUUUCUGCUUUUUCUAGAAAAUGAAGCAGAGACCUAUGGUGUUUUGGUAUAGACUCUUAUUACGAUGAAAGUAUGAACCCAGCUAUGCUUGACUUCACGGUUAGAGGAGAAUGUUAUUAAAGUGAUACUCUAAUAAGCGAUGCUGAGCUUGAUGAUUUCUUGUAUGGACAAAGUCUUCAGUCUGAUGUGCUAAAGUCUUCAGACAAUGAUAGUAACAUAAUUGAAGCUGAUGCGGAUGAGGGGAAUUUAACAAAUGUGAACAACCUGUAUUUUACAGAGGUCACCGAAGAAUAUAUGCAAGCAGCUGAGGAGCCAACCAGCAUUGCUAGUAGUCUUAAAGUACCUCCUACUGCCAAUGGAUUGGAACCUGCAACAGAAGGGAGUAUGUCUUAUGUUCAGGGCAUCAUUAAGAGUGGUAGUGAAGCAUUAGUUUCUAAUAUUUAUAAGGAAGGUGCAAGACCAAAGCAGUUGCUUGGCCUUUCCCAAGGAAAGAGACCACUGAGUAGAACAGAUGUACUUCAGAGAGAAAACCAGGAAGCCAGUUCUGUCCCAGAAGCUCUCCUCUCAGGCACCAGCAUAAGUGCUGGUAAAAAUUCUGACCCUGCACACUCCAGGGAAAAUGACUCUGAAGCAGGAGGAAAUCAAACAUCUGAAAAUGUAGAAUCACUUAAAAUACCUGUGACUCUCUCAUGGAAACAACCAUUGUGGGUUCCUGAUUCAGAGGCACCCAACUGCAUGAACUGCCAAGUCAAGUUCACAUUUACAAAAAGAAGACAUCACUGUCGCGCGUGUGGAAAGGUGUUUUGUGGUGGCUGUUGCAAACGAAAAUGCAAACUACAGUACAUGGAGAAGGAAGCAAGAGUCUGUAAUAGGUGUUACGAUGAUAUUAAUAAAGCACGGGCAUUUGAAAGGAUGAUGAGUCCAACAGUUCCUGUCCCGAAUUCCAGUAUCUCCUCACAGAGUUCUUCUGCUGUUCCACCUUUGGAGGAAGCCCACAUGUCUGGUAGUACUAGCUGUCCUUUCAUUGCAUAGUUACCUGUCUUAGUACUUAAACAACCUGGUAUUGAUGGUAUGGCUGUGCCCAAAGAACAGAGGAGAGUUUGGUUUGCAGACGGUAUUUUGCCAAAUGGUGAAGUGGCAGAUACAACAAAACUUUCAUCUGGAGCAAAGAGGUCGUCACAGAACUUAGCUCCAGUAAACCCUGACGUGCCAGAGAUGCAUAUGGUUUCAAACCCAGAGGAAAUUGACAUAUUAACUGCUAUACAUCCAACACCUAAGGAAGAAAUCAAUUUAAUAACAAGAAUAGAAGAAUUAUGUCCUUCUGUUUCUUUCAGAUGAUGCUCAGCAGGCUGUUCAGGCCAGAGGGUGGUACAUAGUUAUGAAUCUAUAACUCUAGAAACUACAGAGAGUUCUCUUAAUGCAGGCGAGAAGAGUAGUUCCAGUUCAGUUGAUCAGAACAGUGAUAUGCCUGCUAGCCCUUCAAGUUACAGAGCACUAUGUGGUAUUGAAAAUUCUGUGCGUAAAGCAGUCAGCCUUGUUCCUGAUGAUGACAAACUGCCACCACUUUUGCUUGCAGUGGGUGAAAAAGGAAAAGAUCCUCUAGUGGGAGAACAAACCAUCUCACAGCAGGUCACCUCGCACCUUGUGGAAGGAGGGUCCAUUCCAUUAACCUUCAUUCUAAAUGCAAACUUGCUUGUGAAUGUCAAGCAAAUAACUGUAAACUCCUUGGAAAAGUGCUGGUACUUCUCAACAAACGGACUGUGUGUGGGUCAGGCAGAGAUUGUCAUUCUGUUGCAGUGUUUGCCAGAUGAAGAUAUCUCUGGUGAAAUAUUCAAGUUAUUUAUUGACAUCUAUAAGGAUGCAAUGAAAGGUGAAAGUUUAAUAAGAAACAUGGAAAACAUUACUUUCACUGAAAACUUUCUUGGUAACAAGCAUGGAGGAUUCCUGUUUGUUUCACCAACUUUAGAACUCGAUGAUCAGAUUCUACCAGACAACCCUUUUCUUUGUGGCAUUCUCAUCCAUAAGCUGGAAAUACCCUGGGCAAAGGUUUUUCCAAUACGUUUAAUGUUGAGAUUGGAGCAGAAUAUGGGGGUAAGUUUUAACACUUUAAAUAGCUGUAUUGAUGUUGUCAGGCAUCGGAAGCCACUCUUUGGAGAGGUAAGACACACUGUUAUGAAUCUACUCGUUGACCUUAGAAAUUAUCAGUAUACUUUGCAUACCAUAGACAACUUGUUUGUUCAUGUGGAAAUGGGUAGGAGCUGUAUUGAAAUACCCUAAGCAAGUAUGAAGGUGACAAUUCUUCUAAUCAACACUGUGAUUAGCAUUGGAGCAAGUUUUAAUACUAAAGCUGAUUCUCACUUAGUUUGUGUGCAGAUAAGCAUGGCCUUAUGGAAAACACAGGUAAUCAGUGCUACUGGACAGCCUAGGAAAGUUACAGGUGCAACUUUUGUGGUGUUUAAUGGAGCCUUAAAAACAUCUUCAGGAUUUUUAGCUAAAUCUAGUAUAGUUGAAGGUAAGAAUUUUGAUGGAUUAAUGGUGCAAAUAACGCCAGAAACGAUGGAAAGCCUAUGCCAGGCAUUAAGAGACAAGAAGGACUUUAAAAUAACUUGUGGCAGAACGGAUACAGAAGACACAAAAGAAUAUGUAGACAUUUGGUGGGUAGAAGAUGAAGAACAAACAAACAAGAGUCCAGUAGAUGGAAAACCAAUGGAAGGAACUCAGAGUGAAAGAUUACCACAAUGCAGAGACUUCGAAAGAGAGGGAAAAGUUAUGAAGUUGUACUGAAGUGUACUAUUUGUAAAGGACCGUGAAGCGUCUAGUCCUGUACCUCACUGGUUUGCUAAAGAGAUUGCUAUUGCCUGCAGUACUGCUCUUUGCCCACACCUUAAAACCUGAAAAAUAAUGGGAUGAAUAAGAUAGGUCCUAAGAGUUUCUGUUGACUCAGAUAUGGUUGAGUACAUAGCUGGAUCUGGAGGUCACCUUCUUCCACAGAACUAUCUGAAUGAACUGGACGGUGCACUGAUUCCUGUGAUUCAUGGUGGAAUGUUGGCUCCUACAAGUCUACCGUUGCGAAUGGAAUUAAUAUUUUUCAUUAUAGAACAUCUGUUUUGAUGAGGCUGAUUACAGACAGUACAGUGACUUGCUAGAAAUAAACACCAAAGUUACAAACACUAAAUAUGUUUAAAGUUUCUAAACCUGUGAUGUUUUAAUAGAUUUUCAAGCUGUCUUUUAAAAAUCCUCAAAUCUUCUCUGUUCAUUUACCACGGAGGAAUUGUAGUUUGUAAUGUUUCCUAAGGUUCUGAAAGUUUACAUUUAAUACAGGUGCAGAAGAGGGCGGAUUUUGUUACCUCUUUACACAGCUGUAGCAUUUACUAUAUGUAAUGUCACUUUAAGCCAUUACUAUCUUGCCUCUUAACUUCAGAUAAAUGUGUUACUAAAAAUUGUUAUUGUUUAGAUCCGUUCAUAGAAUCAUAGAACAGUUUUGAGUUGGAAGGGACCUUAAAGAUCAUCUACUUCCAACCCCCCCUGCCAUGGGCAGGGACAACCUCCCACUAGAUCAGGCUGCUCCAAGGCCCCAUCCAACCUGACCUUUAACACCUCCAGGGGUGGGGCAGCCACAACUUCCCUGGGCAACCUGUUCCAGAGCCUCACCCCACCCUGAUCAUGAAGAAUUCCUCCUUUUGUGUAGUCUAAAUCUGCCUCUCUCCAGUUUAUACCCAUUGCCCCUGGUCCUAUCACUGCAAGCCUUUGUAAACAAGUACCUUUUUUUGCAAUGUGUGCUUUCCGACUGCAAAGUCCCUAAUAUUAGGAUAUUAUGCUGGUGCUUCAGGAACAUACACUCUGAAUUAGGUUUGGUUUGUUUUUUUUUUUUUUACAGGAAAAACGGCUUGAAUUUUUUUGUAUUUAUAAGGAUUUAUCGAACUCCAAAAUGGAUGCUAUUUUAUAAAACUGGGUUUUUUUCCCCCUCUAUUUGGAAUUCCUGAUACAAUUUGACCUUUCAAGGAUUAACAAAGAAACAGAUUACCCUUGACGUAAUCUACAUUUAGCAAUAAAUCUGACAAGAAUUCUGCAAUAUCUUUUCUGCUCCUGUUUACUGCUUUUGCCACUUGUAGUAGCCACCUUUACUUUCAGGGAGAAUUGAUGUAUUGUGAAUUUCACAAAGAGGCUGUUUUUUAGUACACCUGAGGUUCUUGUAUAGUAUGUAUUUUGAUAUUGGGUCACUAAAGAUCUAUUUAUGUAUUUGUGAUGCCUGUGAUUUGUACUAAGGUUCAGUGAACUAUAAUUGGGGGUUUGGUGACUGUCACAACUGUUUAUCCAGAACAGAACCAAAACUAAAUAUGUACAACAUCUAUAUUGUUUUCGGUAAAAAUGCUGGUACAGUUUUAUGAGAGUAUUAAUACUUGAUGCCUUCUUGGUGCUUAUUGGGGAUAUUUCAUGUUUUUGUAUCAAAAACAAUUUGUAACUCAGCCUUGUUUUUGCUGUUACCUCUGCUUUUAAAAGACUGUUUCUAGAAGGGUUCAGUCUCCAGGAUCUUACCCUGGAGAGAACGGAGACUGCAUUUGGGCAAUUAAUGUGAUGUCUUCAGCGAAACUGCUCUUCUGAGGAAGAGUUGAAGGCUACAUCAUGCUCGUCAUGACCAAAGCAUGAGAAGCUACAGGCAGGUGGUUGGGGACACAGCAGCAAAGGCUGAAACAGAUGAUCAGGACUGUGGCAGGGCUGGAAGUGGCUGUUGCUCCACUCUGCGUUGCUGACAGGGCUCUGCCCAGUGGUCUGCAGGGGCAGUUGUGGGAGCAGCUGCCUCUGGCCACUGGCCUGUACUAACUCCUAAGUAAUGAUCCAUAGAGCAACUUCAAAUAACGCCUGAU